GAAGAAAACUAGCUAAUAAUUAUUGAUUUUAAUAAAUUUACGAUUAAAUUGUCAAAUGAUUGCUUAUUUACAUAUGUAUCACGAAGCCGCAGCUUAGCCACAGAGGUUAAAUCUGAUCGGCGCCCAAGCUUAGUAGGUAAACCAACUCCAAUUGCGAAGGGCAUCUAUAGACACCUAUUUCAGUAUAUAACAGCAGCUGAUGCUAAGAGCAAACAGUUGACAACAUGAGCAGCGGCAGACACUUGACUAAAGAUUCCCCAACGCCAGAUGUGCCGGAGGAUGGUAUACUACGUCUCUACUCUAUGCGUUUCUGUCCCUUCGCGCAGCGGGUGCAUUUGGUGCUAGAUGCCAAACAGAUACCAUACCACAGCAUCUACAUAAAUCUCACAGAGAAACCAGACUGGAUUUUUGAAAAGAAUCCUCAAGGUAAGGUGCCAGCGUUGGAGUUGGUACGUGAGCCCGGACCGCCUGUCCUGACCGAAUCGCUGCUCAUCUGCGAGUACCUGGACGAACAGUAUCCUCUGCGACCGCUAUAUCCACGUGAUCCAUUAAAGAAAGUGCAGGAAAAGCUGCUCAUUGAACGCUUUAAUGCUGUGUUGGAUGCCUUUUUUAAGGCUUCUGAUGGCGGCGAGAUGGAACCCUUCUGGUGCGGCUUGGAUGUAUAUGAACGCGAGCUAGCCAGACGUGAAACACUUUAUUUUGGCGGCGAGCAAACGGGCAUACUGGACUACAUGAUUUGGCCCUGGUGUGAGCGCUUGGAGCUGCUUAAGCUGCAGCGCGGCGAGGAGUACAACUAUGAUGAGCAGCGUUUUCCACAGCUGACGCUUUGGCUUGAACGCAUGAAACGUGAUCCAGCUGUGAUGGCCUUUUAUAUGGAGGCCGAGGUCCAAGCAGAAUUUCUGCGCACUCGCAGCGCUGGCAAGCCGAACUAUAAUUUGCUGGUCAAGGAGACUUAGUACAUUUGUUAUUUAUAUUUUUUGUAUGCUCAGAAUAAACUGCUUUAGCUUAAUCUUCAAGGUACAUCAAAGUGGGGUGACAAGCAAACGCAAUUGCAUGUAAUAGAGACGCAAAAACCAUUCCCCGGCAGCUCAGGUUUAUGCCAAGCUGCAAUGAAUUAGAAG